GCCGUAAACCGGAGGCGACAGCGCGGCCCGGGCGGCUAUGGCAGGAGGUGGCAGUGCCCCCUGCUGGGCGGGCGUGGCGCUGCGGGCAUGCGGCCGCUCUCCGCCCUUACUGGUGCUACUGGUGCUGCUGGCGGGGGCGGCGGGCGAGGAGAUCAAUGCAGAGGCCUGGCUGCGGCUCUAUGGCUACCUGCCGCAGCCCAGCCGCCAGCUCUCCACCAUGCGCUCGGCACAGACCUUUGCCACCGCCCUCGCCGAGAUGCAGAAGUUUUAUGGCAUUCCAGUCACUGGGGUCCUGGAUGAGGAGACCAAGGCGUGGAUGAAACGUCCCCGCUGUGGGGUCCCAGACCAGUUUGGGGCACGUAUGAAGUCCAACAUGCGUCGGAAGCGGUAUGCACUGACAGGGCGGCGCUGGAGCCAGAGCCAUCUCACCUUCAGCAUCCAAAACUACACAGAGAAGCUGGGGAGAUACCACUCGUACGAGGCUGUCCGCCGAGCUUUCCGGGUAUGGGAGCAAGCCACACCACUUGUUUUCCGGGAGGUUCCCUACGAAGACAUCCGGCAGAAACGGAAGAAAGAAGCUGACAUAAUGGUGCUCUUCGCCUCAAGCUUCCAUGGAGACAGUUCCCCCUUCGAUGGUGUUGGGGGAUUUUUGGCUCAUGCCUACUUUCCUGGUCCUGGCAUGGGGGGGGACACACAUUUCGACUCAGAUGAACCCUGGACCCUGGAGAACGCAGAUGUGUCUGGGAACAACCUUUUUUUGGUGGCUGUGCAUGAGCUGGGGCACUCACUGGGCUUGGAGCACUCCAGCAACCCCAGUGCUAUCAUGGCCCCCUUCUAUCAGUGGAUGGACACAGAGAACUUCCAGCUGCCUGAGGAUGACCUUAGGGGCAUCCAGCAGCUGUACGGUACUGCAGACAGGCACCCUCAGCCCACCAAGCCUUUACCCACCGUGACACCUCGGAGACCUGGCAGGCCAGACCAGAGACACCCUAAAUCUCCCCCCCCGGGGAAACCGGAGCGACCCCCAAAACCGGGCAGCCCAGACCAACCCGACCAGUAUGGCCCCAACAUCUGCGAUGGGAACUUCGACACCGUAGCAGUGCUGCGUGGGGAGAUGUUUGUGUUCAAGGGCCGGUGGUUCUGGAGGGUCCGGCACAACCGGGUGCUGGACAACUACCCUAUGCCCAUUGGGCACUUCUGGCGGGGCCUCCCUGGGGACAUUGAUGCUGCCUACGAGAGGCACGACGGGAGGUUUGUCUUCUUUAAAGGUGACCAGUACUGGCUCUUCCGAGAAGCCAACCUGGAGCCUGGGUACCCACAGCCCCUGGUCACCUACGGGCAGGGCAUCCCCUAUGACAGCAUUGAUACAGCUGUCUGGUGGGAACCCACAGGCCACACCUUCUUCUUCCGUGGGGACAGAUACUGGCGCUUUAAUGAAGACACCCGUUCAGUGGACCCUGGGUACCCGAAGCCCAUCUCUGUUUGGGUGGGCAUCCCUCCCUCUCCCAAGGGUGCCUUCCUCAGUGCGGAUGCCUCCUCUACCUAUUUCUACAGAGGCACAAAGUACUGGAAAUUUGACAACGAGCGGCUCAAGACGGAGCCAGGUUAUCCCAAAUCCAUCUUGCGGGACUUCAUGGGCUGUCACGUAGAGCUGGUCCCAGACCCCCAUCCCCGCUGGCCCAAUGGGGACCGACCCCCCUUCAACCCUGAUGGGGAUGGGCGGGCUGAAGGCGAGGAAGAGGAGGAGGAGGAGGAAGAGGAUUAUAGUGAGGGCGGGCGCCAGCCAGGUGGAGAUGUGGACGUGGUGGUGCAGAUUGACGAGUACACACGUACCAUGAGUGUUGUCAUGGUGCUGGUGCUGCUGGUGCUGCUGCUCUGCAUCCUCGGCCUCAUCUACGUCAUUGUCCAGAUGCAGAGGAAGGGUGCACCCAGAAUGCUUUUGUACUGCAAGCGCUCCUUGCAGGAGUGGGUCUGACUGACUUCCCCUCAACCCCAACCCCCCACCACCAUGGUGCUAACAAUGGACCUGACCUCCCUUUCCCCUCCCCCUCCCCAUUGCCUUGUCCUCUUUUGCCCCACUGUUGCUUGAUGGCUUCAGCCUCAGAAAAUGGGGGAAUGCCCACCCCCGUCGCCUCUCUGAGGCAGCUGGGCUGGGACUGGGAGAUAGUCAUAGGGGGGCUGGAGGGCACCCAGGUUCUGCCUCAUGCUCCUUGGCUCCUGCCUCCCACCUUCAUCCUCAGGUUGCCACCUAUCAUGUUGCACCCACUUCUGCCACAGGAACUCAGCAAGUUCAUGGGGCACUUGGAACACUUCCAUGUGAACUGGCUAGGCUGUCCCUGUGCCGUGUGGAGUGGUGAGUGGGUGGUAAGUCAUAAGUGCUAUGAGCUGGCAGGUGUCAGCUGCUAUCACCUGCAGUGGCAAGGAAACGUGAGGGGAAGGGAGAGCUGAGCUCCUGGCCCUGUUCUGAGUUGAACCACAGGGAUCAAGGAAUGUGGUGCCUAAAGAGACUGCCAGGAGGGAGGUGCCACCUUUGCAACUGCUGAUGGCCUCAGCUCAGCCUGGGCCCUGCCACUGCCAAGGGGACACCGUCCUGCGUGCAGAGCGGCAGAGAUGGCCACCUUGUACACAUAUUAAAGGGGUCAGGUGUGUGGA